AUGAGUGUGACUUCUGAGAAAGAAGCUGGGUCCAACAUUUCCUUAAAAGGCCUAGAGAUCAUAGACAUGAUAAAGUCCGAGCUAGAGAAUCUCUGCCCAGGAGUUGUUUCCUGCGCUGAUAUAGUUGUCUUGAGCGCUAGGGAAUAUGUGAAAUUGGUAGUUGUUCCUCGUUAUACACUGAAAACUGUACAGAAAGAUAGUAUGCUUGCGUUCAAGGAAAGAGCCGAACGAGAGCUUCCAUCUCCACACGCAAGUCUCUCGGAAAUCCUCUCAAGUUUCUAUUCCAAAGGCUUCAACGAGCGCGAAGUCGUCAGUUUAUCUGGUAUUCUUCUCUUUGUUUUUGUGUCAAAGAUAUGUCUCACUCAUGUGCUAAGCUACUCAUAA